CCGGGAAAUAUGGAUGUUAGUCAGAUAACAUGACAAAUCACCAAUUUGCUGCAGUCUCACUUCUUCAUUUACAUUAUUGUGCUAAAUUUUGAUUCUAAAUUGUGUUGAAAUUUGUGAGAGAAGAACGAACGUUCCAGAUUAUGUACACUAAGAUGUGAUCAUUGGUGGAUAUAUAAAUACAAUUGAACAGGAUAUAUUGUGUCCUCUGAACAACUGUCCAUGUACGAUGCACAAGCUAUUCAGCAAGGAGACGACUUAGGAUAGAGUCUCCUGGUCUGCAGAUUGCGAUCAAAGAUGGUUCGUUAGCUGUUGGAUAGAGAGAGCUUACUUAUGUAGACAAGGCAGGGAUUAUUGGUGUUUUACUCAGCGUAGACCAGAAAAUUAAGAUGAAUUUCAGCUCAUCUUACCUCAAACUCCAGGACGGCCCUCUGCCAACGUUUGGAAAACCUAAGCCCAAAAUGAAGAAGCCCAGCCGACUAUUUUCUCUGGUGAUUGUAGUGUUGGGGCUGGGGAUCAUUCUGACGAUAUUGAAUAUCUAUGAACUUCAUAAAAUGAAAGAAACUGGUGUUCUACAGCAAGCUAACCAGCCAGUGGUGGAAGGGAAGACAGGAAAGUAUGCUGUCAGGACACCGGUUGUCUGGGUAGCAGGCAAAAAGCUGGAGUCUGGGUACCUGAAACACGUUUUUGGGGUAUUUGACAGGAUUGGAUAUGCUCUUGGUAAUGGCGAGUCAGAUUGGGAUGUGUUGUGGUCUCAUGAGUAUCCAUUCGAACAGCUGGCCAAGAAAAUGUCUGUCCUGAAGCCCCAUCAGAAGGUAAACCAUUUCCCAGGGUCAGGGUACAUCACCAACAAGGUCAGUUUGGCCGUCUCUGACAACCCCUACAUACCCAGGGCAUUCAAGAUCCCUAAGGAGAAGGACAAAUUUCUUAACUAUGCUAGGGAGAACCCUGAAACCCUGUGGGUCCAGAAGAGGAACAGCCAUAGAGGAAUCAGGAUCAAACGCGUGCAGGAGUUGGACCUGACAGAUAAAGACUCAUUCGUCCAGAUGUUUGUGGACAGACCAUUCCUCAUCGAUGGCAGGAAGUUCGACAUUGGUGUGUAUACCAUACUGACGUCAAUAAAUCCCUUGAGAGUUUAUACGCUGGACUCGGAUGCCCUGUUCAGGUUCUGUUCCCAUGACUACUACCCAUUUGAUGCUAGAGACAUCAAAAAGUAUGUCGUUGGAGAUGACUACACACCAGUGUGGGAGAUUCCAUCAUUGAAGAAGCUGUACAGAGAUUUAAAUUUCAACUUUAAAGAAACUUUCAAUGCCUAUUUAGAAAGUAAUGGUCACAAUUCUCGUAAGCUUUGGAGUGAUAUCAGUUCUGCCAUUAAAACCGUGUACUUACAAAAGGAGGCUGCUAUUAUUUCUUCAACAAGUCGAUAUUCUUCUUCGAGAAAUUUCUUUGAAAUGGUUCGGUUUGACUUUGCCUUAGAUGAGGAUUUAAAUGUUUAUCUGAUGGAGGUGAAUAUGUCUCCUAAUCUGUCCUCUGGACACUUCCAUGAAAACACCAGGCUGUAUGAACAAGUGGUUUUUAAUUUACUGAGUCUGGUCCUUGUCACUAGACCAGUUACCAACGAUUUCAGUAAAAGUUCAGAGGAUGAGGCCAACAUGAGGGUUUCUGACAAAGACAUUUCCGUAUUCCCCGAGUGGUGCCUCAGUAAGGCCUGUCUACACAGCUGUGGAGAUGAGGUUUGUAAAUUGUGUAGCCAGUGUCUGUCUAUGGCGAUGAAGGAAACCCUGAAGUUGGCCUAUCUAGAGCAUGUCAAUAAAGGAAACUGUGGCCGUGUUUUGCCCAGGAAAAUGAAUGAAGAGUUUGCCUUGCAGUGGACUCCGUCUUCUAAUGACCCCGAGUUCCAGACUCUGAACUUGAAAAACAAAUUAAUGUACAUGUGGAUUGUGGGCAAGUGUCGACAGAGUGCCACCUGGUGUUAAACCAGAGAAACAAAGAACCAGAGAUAAUUACCACUCAAAGAAUGAACAAUAUUGCUGAACCAAUUACAAAAACCAAAGAGAACCUACACAGGUCAUCCAUUAUCAAAUUAGAUAUGAGGACAUCAAUUUCCAUCGUCCAAUGAGGAAAUAGGGAAACAGUUCAGUAGAUGCCUUGAUUGGCUUUUCUGGGUUUUUGCCUUGAUCUAACAAAACUUCAGUGACCUGAUGUGUAAUAAUGCUUGAAUGAGAGAAAACUUAUGAGUCCUGGCUUGGAUUUCUCGGGGGGAAAUCUCAAACUUCUUUUAUUUGAGCAGUCAAUAUUUGAGUAAAAUAUCAGACUCGAGUUUUGACUGAAGUUUAUUCUUUUUUUUUUUGGUUGAGAAAUCCAACCUGUGAUAUGCAUUUGUAAUUUUUGGAUGGAGAAUGAAAUGAUAUGAUAGAAUAAGAGAUUUUUGAUUGCCUUGUUAGUGGUUUGUUAGAUUUUCAUUUCCUGUUAUACACAUGAACUACGGAGAUCAUUCCUUGUCCAUCAAUGAUCAUUCCAGCACUAUACAAAAACUUGAACCAUUUUAUAGGUUACAUGAUAUUUUAUUUUAAUGUACCAGUACUUUCGUUUUCAAGACUAUGAAAGCAUUAAACACUACUCAAUCCUCAUAUCAAAAUAAAUUAUUUGUGCAAUGUAUAUCUAAAUGGAAAAGGUGAAACACACUUUCCUUUACUUGUGUUGUGUUUUAUACAUUUUCAUUAGUUUUAACAUAUACAACAUAUUUUUUUUUAUAUAUCUUUCUUGAUACAGUAUUGGGUAUUAUAAAACUCUAUUUUUGUAUUGCAUUGUUUAAUGUUGCACUUCUAAGGACACAGAGAUAUGAUUCUCAGGUGUCAAUGUACUGGAAAAUGCACCGUCCUCCAUAAAUAGCACACAGACAGUUGUCCAUUAAAAUACAAAGUACUUGGGUUGUAUGCUUUUUUCUUGCAAUCACAGUAGAAAGAAAGUAUAACAUAAUUUAUACAAUGUAUUUACGUAGGUACAUGUAAUAUACAGGCAUACAAUAUACUCAUUCCCAUCAUGACUUUUUAAGAUACUCCCUACUUGGAGAAAAUUUAUUUAUCUCCACACUGCAUAAUAAGUGUUCAUUUCUCCAGCAAGAAUACAACCUCUUUACAGUGGAGAAUUGCCUUGAUCUGCAGUUAUUUUUAGAGGACAGUGUAUAUAUACAAGUAUUUUGUUGAUCUUUGCUAACAUAUCAUAAUAUUUAUUGGUGAUUUUUUCCCCCGUGUUAUGGGGUAAGUUACUCUUUCAUGUUGUAACUGAUUAGAUGUGAUAUUGAUAUUGUCAUUCCUCUCUAGGAUUGGACAACAUGGAGCCUCAGAAAGAAGAUUCUUUAAAUGCUGUUUUCUGUGCAAUUUUCAUUUAUAGUGCAAUAUCAACUAUCAGUAAGUUACAAAAUUAUACAUUAUACAUACCGUGUAUUAGGAACAGAGCUAUGGGAGGACUUUAUUGUCGCAUUGAAAGUGAAGAAAAUAAAGUUGGAUGAAAAUGC